CAUUCAAAUCAAACCAAAAAAGUUUGAUUUGGUUGUUCAUAAAUUUUGCAUCUUAAAAUUUGAAUUAGCUAUAUUGUUGAAUUGGUUAUCCUGAUUAUUUUAGUAAACGUACGGUAAAAUGAAACUAUCGAAAGUCUUGUGUCGUCAACACGUAGGGUUUAUGUUUAAAAGACAUUGGUUGAUACAAGGCAAACGCGUGCCGAUUGAUUUGGGGAUGGAAGAAAGUUUAAAAGCGAAAGGUAUUCCUGUUGAGGACGCUCUGGAGUUCGUGAAGGAGAAACCCGAACCUCGGGAGAGACUUGAAAUCAUAGGGCCGCAUGAACCAAUCAAGCCUCUAGAUGAAAACCAUCCAGAUUACAAAGAAAAACCAUGUUUGACACUUAAAAAUAGCAGUGUACUCUUAGAAGGCGUAUCACAAGCUCAAGUGUUGACAAAAACAAUAAUAGCAGAAGGAAGGCUACCUCACAAGAUUGAAGAGUUAGCGGAACUCGCUGCACCUAAAGCAGUUCAUGAAGGUGUAAAAAAAGCGAUCUUGAGUGCAAAUGUCUUUGACUGUGAACAAAAAAAGUUGCCCAAAAUAAAAGACUCUGUAAGACCAGCUUUCAACUUCCCAAGAAUAUUAGGCAUUUCUGAUAGAAGAAGAAAUGAAAUUCUCACUAAUAAAUUAGUGCAACUUGUAGAAAAAAGCAAUGAUGCAGAAGUAACUCAGAACAAAUAUGUUGUAAACGACGUUGACUGUCAAAGUAUAUUUGACAAAGAAGGUGAUUUGAUACAGUUUCAAGAUGUCUCCAAUAUUUUAGUCACAAGCAAUAAGCCUCUGAAGCAUGAACUAAAUGAAAGUGACAUACCUUUUAUCAAAAUACCAGAUUUGUAUCCAGUGAAACAUACUGUUACCUUACCACCCGAACACUUUUAUGAUGACAAUAGUAAAUAUCCCUUACGUCCAAGUGUUGCUAAAAAGCAUCCGCACACCACAUGGCUGCAUUUCAACAAAACAGAAGUUGGCAACCUUUAUGAGUCACCAGUCACUCAAACACAAAUAUUGGGUCGAUCACUGACACAUGCAUUCACUGUAGCGUCAGCAUAUGCAAAACAAAUACAUGGGGAGGAUGUAAAGGACCUACCUGAGCCAAUACAUAUAAACUGCAUUCAAACUGAUGGGCAACUCUUCCAUUUUGGCGUUUUUGAACUAAAUACUCUCAACGUAGAUGGUACAGAUGGAGUUAAAAAUAUUUGGUACACCAAAAAUAAUGUAAAAUUGUACGAUUCAAGCCGCUAUUUAAGUGGUAUGCCAGUAUUAGAGAAUUACAACCCUAAAGUGUAUAGUUACAUCAACGCUUUUUACAACUGUUGAGAAUAGUAUAGUACUGUAAAAUUUAAUAAAUAGAUAAUAGCAAAUC